ACAGCAUACCACGACGGGGGCCAAGGGAGCAAGGGAGCGUCUGUGAGAACGCGCGAGAGAAUGACGUCACAGCACGUGGAGAUGGGAUGUUGACUCUGACAGCGAUCGGAGUGGUUUAUCAAUGGAAAGGUGCCGAUUCGGAUGCAUACAGACACACACGGGCCAAACCCCGACGCAGGAAGACGGUGGUUCGUUCACGCGGGGGAUAAUGUAGAUCCUAGGAUAUCCCUUGUGCCAUUUAUCAUUCAUGAAUUUCCCGGAAUCGGCCGCUGACUACAAUGGACUAUCUUAUAAAUGGAUUACAAAGUGACAACGCAUAAAAAGACUCCUCAGCGUUUGCAAAAAAGCUGAUACGGAAAUAUGAGGAGAGGAAGGGAGAUUAAUAUAUCAUGAAGCCGGCGUGAGGGGUUCCAGAACACAAGUACCACUAUCUGUAGCCAGCGAGAACACAACCAAGCUUCUGUUUCCGUGAGAAGUUCUAACAUUCCUGUGCCUAUCGUGCCGACCCAGGAUGCAGACAGUGUUAGCUGGUCAGUGCAGGUUGUUACGUGUCCCUCUAGUCCGUUAAGCCUGGUCACUCAGUAACGUGGCUGAGUACACAUUUCGGCCAACUAUUGACUUAGUGGACGCUACAGGUAUUAAAAGACUGGACGUGAAGGCUUUUGAAGGCUGUAUUGCCAUUGGAGCACGAUAUUCAAGGACCUGGUGUGCCAAGGGGAAGGGUAUUUCCAAGAUAAUGACAACGCGAAUUGGAUUUAUUGGAUGUAUCUGCUGAUUUGCUGUAAUAUAACGCACCAACUAGUACUCUGUUACCAACGGCUGUAUGUAUUGAUUGCAAAAACGCCGGUGGUGCGAUUGUGUGUCAGAUCAGCGAAACCACGAUGGCAGGAUCUCAAGGUCUCCGAGUGAGCGAGAGCUAGUGAUUACAACCAUGCAGUAUUGAAUGCUCAGUAGCAUGCCAUGCAGGAUAAUUAGCAAGAGGAACUUUCUCACGAGGUAUAAUUCGACUAACAUGGAGAGAUUUUGAUUUCUGUGGAUUGCCUUUCCAUACCAGCUCGACCGAGCAGAAGAACGUUUCCAGAUGUUCGAUGCUGCUUGUGAAGGUGAUACGAACAAUGCUAGCACAGCACUCGGAAGUGAGCGUUAACGGACUCGCUCGGCCGACUCGGUUAUUACCAUAAAGGUGGCUGAAAACCCCCACUGUAGGCCCCCCGCUGUAUGCUGUAUGCUGUAGGCUGUAGGCUGUAGGCAGUGUGCGGAUAACGGCAACAUUUCUACAUUAUGUCAUGUUACCUACUCCAGCCGAGCUGUUAAAUUCAUUACAAGUUGUUGAAGACCUCACAGCCCUUAUCAGCUGUUCUGCCUGCUGCAGUCGACGGAACCCGACACGUAAAAAUAAUCGUGUAUAAAACUACCUACUACUAUACCGAGACACGCUAUCAAACACUGGCGGGGAAAUCUUCACUUUAUGAAGAGAGAAAAGUGCUUGUGAGUACACCUCUUCAUGCUAAUCUGUGAACAGAAGGUGUCGAAUGUAUAAUUGAUUCACACUUGUUUUCAAUAUCGGAGCCACAGUGGGGAAAGUGAAGGUAUAUCUGUGAAACAGGUAUGACCAUUUGUUUUGUAUCCUACAAAUGAUAUUAUUGAAUCGUGAAAGUAUUUUGCAUGGAUUUACUCCGCCUGUGAUGGAACCCCGGGAGUAAAGCACAAGUGCUAUUAUCAUCAACAGAUAGGGCUUAGAAGCAGGGUUACGAAACCUUCCUAAAAUAAACAGCCUUGUUUGAGCUACACCCACACCAUGGCUACGGGCACAAAACUAAUGAAGGAGAUCAGCGAUCAGUUUCUGAUCUGCAAGAUUUGUUUGGAGACGUUUAAGGAGCCGAAGACCCUUGUGUGUUUACACACGUUCUGCUCUGGGUGUUUACAGAAACAGAUUGACGCGGAUUCGACACGACCGUCGCGGUACGGUGUGUACAGCCGUUACAUCACCUGUCCUCUGUGUCGACAGAAGACCGAGAUACCGAGCGGCGGAGUUAGGAGGUUACAAGACAAUUUCCUUGUGUCAAACUUAACCGAGGUGGUGCAGAAGCGUACGCGUUGUAAGGUUCCCCCGUGUGAAAUAUGUCACACGGUCCGACCUCGGAGGAACGAGGCAUGUUCCAAAUGUCUGGAUUGUAGCAAGUUAUUAUGUAAAAAUUGUGUGGAUCUUCAUAUGACAACCAAGGUUACCCAGAAGCAUAGUUUAAUUGACAUUGAGGGUGAGAAGGAUAUUGAAUGUAAGAGUCAUCCAGAGGAGAUUGUACGGUUUUAUUGUGAGCCAUGUGAGAAAUGUAUAUGUGUGGUCUGCACGUUUCAAGAUCACCGGGAUCACGAGGUGUGUUGCUUCAGCGACGGGUUCGAGAAAUAUAAGGCGGCACUUGACACACUGCUCCAGCAGUGCAAAGGUAGGAUGGGGGAGACGGGACAAAGGCUGAAAGUGAUUGAAAAAUAUGAAAGUGUUAUAAAAGAAAUCCGGGAACGGAUUCGUGAUCUAGCUAUUAGUUACAUUUCCAAAGUGCGUUCAACAGAAAGAGAACUUCUGAAAAAGAUUGACGAUUUGGUUGGUGACAAUGUACUGCAAUUCAUUGAGAACAAAAACUGGCUGCAGGAGAAUUACGAGAACCUGCAAAGUACAUGUAACUUGACACAGAUAAUCAUGAAGGACAAAGGUGUUGAGAUGCUGUUGCUGAAGAAGGAGAUUCAGCAGAAGAUGUCGUUGUUACUGGAGCCCAAUCUUCCCAGUGUACCUAGUGACAUGAUGACUCAGGUUAAUUUUGUUCCGGGGGAUGUAAGACUGGGGUAUAUUUCAGUGUCAAACGGCUCUGAUGUCAACGGUGUGGAAGACGACUUCAUGGAGAGCAAAUGUCAGCAAACACAGACGGAAGUGGACCAGAUUCGGACAGUGGUUGACAGUGCCACAACAAUGUCCUCUGACGUGACAAGGAAAGUUGUUGAUGGUGAAGUUCAAACAGAUAGAGUCGAGCAUUCGUCACGGGAAACGUGUACCGAGAUUCCGGAAAUGAGGGACAGGGGUGUCAAUGUUUACUGCUACGAUUCCAAAACAAAAGGGACCAUGACUUCCAUAAUGGAUUCGAGAUCACUGAAAACUCAGACGGAGAAGAUGAUUGUGUAUGAUCAGUACAUCCAGACCAUGCCAGUCGACGAGCCUAGCCGAGAUGUUAGCGCCUCUGCGUCAGGAAGGGGUAAUAGGUCGGCCAUCAAACCGUCAAGUGCCACUGGUGGCUUAUCAGGAAGAGUAGACGCGGCGAUAUCAUCCCCCAAAACAUCCAUACGUAGUAGAAAGAUCCAGACAGAGAUAUCUUCAAUAGGAAUUAACUCGGAUGAUGACGUUAUUAGCUCCCUGUCUGCUCGUGGAUAUGCGAGUGAUUGGAGAUCGACGAGGCGAGAACGGGAACAAAAUCGACAGGCACCAGUUGAAAAAGUUGACGUGGAAGUGAACACCAUAUAUCCUGUUAGAGUUAUACCAGAGAUGUUAGAAAAAGAAACGUCAUCAGAUCUGGUAGUUAUGAAAGACACGUUCACAAUGGCAGUGCCAGAUGCUAAGACAAUUAACACGCAAACACUCAGGGUGCGGCGACGUGAUACUGGUAUAGGAACUGACUAUAGUGGGCAGGCAAGUAAAGUCACAUGGACAGAGAAAGUCAACUGUGUGGACACGGAAACCACCAUGCCACCAGUUCGCCUUGAGACUAAGGGGACUUGGACAGAGAAGCUGUCCACUUCUGAGAGAGCAACAAUUACAACCUGUGUAAAUACCUCUGACCGUGCUACCUCAACAGGGAAAGUGAACCAGGGUGAUAAGACUACACAGGCAAGUCCUGAGAGUAGACUGAAGGCAACCAACACAAUGAAAACUAUGAUCCAUGAUAAGGAGAUACAGACAAAACCCUAUACGAAAGAUUCAAGAACAAGUCCUGUUAAAGAGCUUAAUGGAGAUACUAAAACUGUUACCCAGUCUGUUGCGACUGUAACUGAUCUUCCGUCAUCGAGACGUGGAAGUAGUGUCAGUGUUGAACGAGCGCCAUGCCAUGACAUGAAUGUUGGGACUGAGUGUGUAGAACGGGAGACAAAGACCACCGAAACAUGUGAUAUACAUGUACUAACAUCGUGUGUAAGUACAGAAACAUUAGACGUGAAGACCAGUGACAAGGAGACGGGGACACCUCGCGUACACUUUGUCGACCAGUGGACCACCACCCCCCAGCCUCAGAUGAUCAACACCGGUGUCUCCCCUCCACGUCCUGCUACCAUAGAAAUGGGCGUGUGUACGAACCCAGUGAUCACCAUGGAGUCUGCAACUUACACCGAGGUUGUGACCAUGCGGGAUAAUGGCACUGAAACCAUUAUCACAGUUGCUGACAAUGAGACACUGACCGAGAGACUUGUGAUGACCGACGCCCAGACAGGUGUGGAGAUAAAGACUGAAGACUCCGAGACGUCAACAGACAUCAUCAAACUCCAUGAUGAAGGGUCCAUGACAACUGAGAUCCUUGUCUAUGACAAACCAGAGACGGAAUGCAAGGAAACUCAGGUAACACCAGACCGUGAAUUGUUAAGUGGCAAAAAGAUGUCAGUGGUUCAGGAAGUUCAGACAGAUAUAAGUAAGAUAGACUGUGCUAUAUGUGAACACCAGUCUCUGUUUAUGGAGGAGAAACAUUUCGCAGAUAGUUGCACAAUGCCUCAGAUGCCCUUGACUCAAGAUGUCGGAACAAUGGCCUUAUCCAUAAUAUCAAAUACGUUUGAUGUGACUGAUUGUGAAACCCAAACAUCCACCAUCACCCUCUAUGACAAAUGUGUAUCAACAUCCACUGACUUUGAAGACUUUGAGAAUCAACUGAGAUGUGAGAGCAGAGAUGCUGCAACCUCAACAGAAUCAUUACCAUAUAUAGGCUUGCUGAGUGAGAUAGAUGUCGAUGAUAUUAUCGUUGUUCCCGAAGCCCACUUUGACUUCAUGCUCGAUGAUCUGACUACUGAUGAAGAAGAUGUUGAGAUGGUGGACAGUGAAACAUGGACUGACUCGUUUGAAAUAGCUGAAGCAGGAACUCAAACUCUUGUUCUUGCCUCGCCCCCUGACAGUAGCCCACCCCAGAAGAGACGCGAAGAGCCACUCGGGCACUCGGUCAGUGUUGGUGUGAACACAGUAUCUAAAAUGACAUUCGAGAAAGAGACAUCUACCCCUAUACGACACUUAUUCUCCAAAGGGACCAUGACAUUCUACGUUGCGAAGACUGACAAAGCAACCAGUACAUUUAGUCAGACCAAACAGAUUGCUGAUAGUAAAUUUGGAGGUUCUACCUCACAAAAAAACAUAAUUCCUAAAAUUAGGGUUGAAGACAAGGACACAAUGACAGCGAGGGCUGAGAGACAUGACGUGUCUACAGAAACCGACCCUGCUGCUCCUGAUGGAAGAAUAACACAGUGCAUAUCUAAGCUUAGAAAUGUAUCUGAGAAACUGAACAGCCCUACGCUUCGUGGCUGUGAGGGUGACGUGUUUUUCGGGAAAUCGUUUCUCAGUCGGACCAGAGGUUCUGAUUCCUCAGGACAGAGUUCUCCCACUGUGAUGGUCGACAGUACAGGAAGUUGUAAAGAUGGCAAGAUGUCACCAGUGUCACCGAGUGAGGACGAAAGACGGAAACAGCUCCAGCUGCUGCUGGCGGAAACAAAAGCUAUACUCAAACCAAAGGAGCAUCCCCACCAGGAUCAGGAUCCGAAUAAACUUAAGCACAUCCGAAAUGAAAGAUCCCCAGUGAGGAAGCCACAGCCGAUCACUACUUUGAAAGGGCGUGGGCAAAACAAAUCCAAGGAUAAUGUUGGUUAUAGGACACAAAGUUUACCCAGACAGUUUUCAGUCGACUGUCCUUCGACUGUUCGCCUUGGGAGUCAGUCGCCUACCAGCCGUCUACCUCUUCUCAGAUACAACUCCGCCCCGGGUAGAAUAGCCACUGUUCCCACACAGAAACUACAGGAUAUGAAAAAGGUUUCCCAGAACAAUCAACAUAGAGGAACAUCUCCUAGUAAGAUUCCAGUCAAAGCAUCUCAAGGUGACCCUCAGCCUUCUCCUCAACCAGAACUCUAUUCCCAAGCCCAGAAAACAGCCAAACCCCAACAGAGGCCAUCGCUUCCGGCUAUCUGUGAGACCAGGACCCCUUCCUCCUGUUCUGACAUAUCAACAUCCUCUUACAUGUCUGCUGCAUCAGGAGAUUCUGCCACCCUUUCCCUGACUCCCUCCAAUAUUUCGUCAUCAGAUCCUCAGACAGACUUUAGCGAAAAGAGACAGACCAGUAAGGAAUCAGCAGGGGAAUCGGCGGAUGAAGUGCCAAAGCCACUUCCUCCUCAGAAGAAAGAAAAAGGGAUGGGAUUCAUGCAGAGACUUCUCUCAAAGAAGAAGAAGGAGCCUGAAGCCAAGAACGCACCCCCUCCAGUUUCUAGCCCUGGUGCAAGUGCAGCUGCUGCCAAAUAUCGCCAGAAGCAAUCCAAACCAGAACCUCCGAAAGAAACUCCCCUGCCGAAGAAGUCCAGGCCGUUUGUGUACGUGAGACAGCGAAUCAUGUCAAUACAGCAUGAUAACGAGGACGAGAUGGAGGAAAAGAAGAAAAGCAAGGCAAAGUCGAAACAGAAGAAGGAGAAACCUGAGAAGACACCGUCUUCUCCUAAAUGUAAACAUGGUUCAAAGGGAAAGAAGUCACGUGACAGUGAUUCUGACUUGUCCGACAAGCACUAGCUGUGGCAGGAUUCAAUAUCGGAUUUGGGAAUCUGCUCAAAUCGCCUGCUUGACUAAAGAACUCCCUUGAAAAUUCUCUGAGACUUUUCGAUAUGUGACCAAAUCUCGCAGGGCAACAAUUACAGGUGGAUACUCACAAUAUAGUAGUGACAGGUUAUGUAUCACAGGUAUCAAUUAGGAGAUUUACUAUAGUGUGCCAGUAUUUAACUUUCGUAUCUUAAAAUUACGUUAUAUUUAUCUAUUCAUUCUUUUUGGUUUCUAUCCGUUAAUUGAAAGUAGGCACUAUUUACAGUAGCUUGUGUGUAUACAUGUAUAUGGGAUAUUAGCAAGUGGACAAAAUGUGAUGAACCUCACGGAAUACUGUUGCACCGGGUGUGGUUUCGGCGAGAAACACUGACCCAAGGCAGAGAAUUUUCAAAACAAAGGGAGACAACCCUAAUCCAACGUCACUUCCGGAAUGUGAUACCCUCGUGGCUGACACUUUGCUGUGAUAUAGACAGAUGUACAAAACAUGAGAUGCUAGAUGUUCGAAGUGGGGCUAUGAUAUUAUCUAACAUUUAUUUGUAUUUAAAGGAAAAGUUAUUUAUUUAAUCUUAUAUGAAGUAAAUAUGUAGCAAUAA